CGGACAAUGCCCUGCUGAAAAAGGAUUCUCGUCAAGAUGCUGCGGCGUGCCACUGCAGCCCUCUUUAUCUUGGUGAUUGCUACUUCCAUGUCGCAACUCACUCAGGAAUUAACAAACACCAAUCGAGAUGGCGAUGUGAUUUUGAGUAUCAGCGAUGAACAAAAAAUUCAGUACUUAAGCCAAAACUUCGAAUCAGAUGCAUACAAAUAUGGUUACGACGUCAAUCCACAUGGUCAAUUCCAUCAUGAAACACGUGGUCCACAUGGAAUCACCUAUGGGUGUUAUGGCUACGUCGACCCUUUUGGCAAACUAAAAGCAACGUUUUACAUCAGUGACGGAUGGGGUUAUCGCGUUGUUCAGCCAGGAAGGGAUGUAGAACUUUUCCUUCACAAGCAUGAACAUCAUGCAAACGGAGACAAACAUGAUCACCACGAGCAUCAUGGUGUAAUUACACCAUGGCGAGAGUUGUCUUUUCCCAUGGUGUGUGCGCAAUAUACAAACACGAAUGUUCCACCUCUCGCAAUACCAAGUGGAGGAACGCCUAUCGGAAGUGGAUCAACGAUUGAAACGAUACCGACUCGACCUCCUUACAGGCCUGAUUCAUCUGGUAUAAAUUCAAAAUAA